CUCCCUCCAAAGCGCUCAUUGCGGAGAGGUUACUCACAGUCGGUCACAGAGGAGGAUCAUUACAGGUUCCAAACCAAUGAGAGCAGGUAGCAUGACGACGUUGAGCCGAAACGCCGCUUUCUAAUCGUCGUUAUUGAUGCGACGCACGUACUCACGAGGCUCCCCGACUAUGCGACGGGACACACUCAUGUGUGGUUGGCGCCAGUGUUUAUCGCCAUGAAGGCAGCUUCAGGUUACCGCGACUUGCUUUCGUUUCCCUGCAGGCUGCGGCCAGGACCGUGCAAGUUAAACGGUUAAAGGGGCCUGAUCUGCCCUCGUCUGACAGUCCUCUAACAUUUCCAUAUGGACAUGAGAGGCUUCAGGAGGUGGUGAUGGAGCUCCAGGAGUUGAGCUGGCUGGGUCAAGUGGGGCUCUUCCUGGCCUCCAUGCUCAUAGUGCUGGCCUGGCUCUUGCAGUACUCGCUGACCCUCCUUCGGCUGUGGAGAACCAGGAAGGCGGCCGAGCAGCGUCAACAUCAGCAGCAUCUCUCCCUCAGGCAGCAUCACGGCUGGGCUGGGAGUCUGCGGGGCUUCCUGGUGAAGCUGCGUAUGGCUCGGGAUGGAGGAGCUGCAUCUGAAGCCGGGGUUAAAGCCUUGUUGACCUCUCUCUUGUCCUUCAAGUCAAUCAGGGAACAGUGUCUCAGGAGCUGGGUCAAAGCUUUGAAUGAGCAAGCCUGCAGGAAUGGGAGCUCCAUCCAAAUCACUUUUGACAACAGUCUGCAGUUUACUGCCACCCCUGCAAUAGAGACUGUCACCUGCACAGACCAAUCAGCACAAAGAAUGGUUUUACAUUGUACAUGUCGGGUCGACACGGUGGCAUUUCCUGUGACGGUUACACGGCAGUCCCCUGCCGCCAUCGCCAUGGACACCUAUCAAAUUACGAUCGCGCCUACAGCAGCAAAGGUGGUCGCAUGUCUGAAAGAGGUGGAAGACGAAGGUAUCCAAGUGUCGUGGACUCUUUCCAAGCAACCAUCUUUUAAACUGUCAGCAUCGUCAUGCAAACUGCAGAGACAUGGUGCCAAUGCAGAGGCAGACCUGGACGUGAUCACGAGCCUGAUAGAGGAUACUCUAUUCAGCUCUCAUCCAGCCAUGGUCCUCAACCUCAGGGCCUGUGCAGCUACUACUCCCGCCACCAUGGAGCAUCUAUCAGUAGGAGUAAAGCCUGUACCCCAGAGUGUCUUGGUGCGCCGACUACUGCUACGGCAGCUCAGAGCGACCCUAAGCAAAGGUCAGUGGUGUAGCUCAGUGGAGCUGUGCUGCGUCAUCAGCCUUAACCAACCCUCCACAGAAAGGAUAACCUGCUUCCUGCCUGUGCCAAACAACCCCAAGACCCCUCUGGAAUGGAGAGAAGAAAUUACCCUGGAACUGAGCCCAGAAACCAAAGAGCUGAGAGUGAGACUUCUGGAGCGGAAUGGCAAAAGCGAGCAAUUUCUCCCAGGACAUGCCUCCUUGGCCUUAGACCUGCAGUCCAAAGUUCCUACCUCUGUCACACUCACAGUAAAGCCAGGCACCGCUUUGGAACUUAUUGCCACCAUCACAGCAGAACUUCAGUAUGUGGAAAGUGAGGAACUUCUCCCACCACUGCGUUCCUCACUCACCCCUACCAAAAAGGUUGACGUGGAUCGAACCAUCAUGCCGGAUGGAACCAUCGUCACCACUGUGACAACUGUCCAGUCCCGACUCAAACUGGAAUGCAGCCCAGGGGAGUCACCGUUGCGUUCCCCGUCCAAAGUGGAGGUGACUGAGAAGAAGCCCACCGUUCUCCAAGAUGGAAGAGAAACACCCAGUCCUGAUCCCAGCAAGGGCACCCGCUUGUCUAACGGCUUGGAUCCUGUUGCAGAAACAGCCAUUCGACAGCUGACCGAGUCCAACUCCAAAAUGGCUCGUAAGACCCCAACGAAAAGAAGCACACUGAUCAUCUCGGGCGUGUCAAAGGUUCCACUCUCUAAGGACGAGUGCACUUUGUCGAGUGGCUAUGCCGCCGCAAUGGACGCCGCCAUGCAAAGCAACCAGUUUGGGGCGGGGCGCCACCAGGAGCCAGAUGAGACCACACCGUCGGAUGUGUCGGAGCGUCCGUCUGUGGACGAUGUGGAAUCAGACACUGGCUCCACUGGUGCCUUGGAAACACGCAGCCUGAAGGACCAUAAAGUGGGAAUUCUGCGAAGUGGAUCAAAAAUGCUGUUCCGCAGAAGACGCCGGGAGAAGGAGCCCUGCCUCAGCCAGUCUCACGAAGACAUCUCCAAAAUGGAGAAUAACUUUGCAGCGAAUUCAGCAAACAGUCGAAAGAAGUCCGGCAGCUUCUCACGACGGCUCAUCAAGCGCUUCUCUUUUCGAUCAUCUGGGAAAUGGAAAGGCAAAUCUGCAAGCACCAAUGGGGGAGCAAGCUCUGCCAAUAACUGAUAUCUUGCUGACUCAGCACAUUGGAUGGAGGACACCAUUUGAAAUACUCCAGGACAAUUCAAAUUACUGAAGCUGAAAUGAGAUGAAGACUAUUGUUUUGGAGGGUAAUAUUUUGCUGGACUGAGACAAGGGAACAGUUGCAAUGAAAUGCUGUGCUUCUUUUUAACUCUUCUUUGAAAUAAUAUAAUGAUGCCACUACAAUGGUAGUGAUGCACUUUA